AAAAGACCUACAGGAAUGUGCGACGACGAAGCUUGUGCAUUGGUUGUGGACAAUGGCUCCGGCAUGGUCAAGGCCGGCUUCGCUGGUGACGACGCUCCCCGCGCCGUCUUCCCCUCCAUCGUCGGCCGUCCUCGUCACCAGGGUGUGAUGGUCGGUAUGGGUCAGAAGGACGCCUACGUCGGUGAUGAGGCCCAGAGCAAGAGAGGUAUCCUGACUCUCAAGUACCCCAUCGAGCACGGCAUCAUCACCAACUGGGACGACAUGGAGAAGAUCUGGCAUCACUCCUUCUACAAUGAGCUUCGUGUUGCCCCUGAGGAGUCUCCAGUCCUCCUGACGGAGGCUCCCCUCAACCCCAAGGCCAACCGUGAGAAGAUGACACAGAUCAUGUUUGAAACUUUUGCAGCCCCUGCCAUGUACGUGGCCAUCCAGGCCGUGCUGUCUCUGUACGCCUCUGGUCGUACCACAGGUAUCGUGCUGGACUCCGGUGAUGGAGUGUCCCACACUGUCCCCAUCUACGAGGGUUAUGCUUUGCCCCACGCUAUCCUUCGUCUCGAUCUGGCUGGGCGUGAUUUAACUGAUUACCUGAUGAAGAUUCUCACGGAACGUGGCUACUCCUUUACAACAACUGCUGAACGUGAAAUAGUUCGCGAUGUAAAGGAAAAACUGUGUUAUGUUGCUCUCGACUUCGAGGGUGAAAUGAAUGUUGCCGCAGCUUCGUCAUCUUUAGAGAAGUCCUAUGAACUCCCUGAUGGGCAAGUUAUUACUAUUGGCAAUGAACGUUUCCGAUGUCCUGAAGCACUUUUUCAACCAUCCUUUUUAGGAAUGGAGUCUGUGGGCAUUCACGAAACAGUUUUCAACUCGAUAAUGAGAUGUGACAUUGACAUAAGAAAAGACUUAUACGCAAACACUGUCAUGUCUGGUGGUACCACCAUGUACCCUGGUAUUGCUGACCGCAUGCAGAAGGAAAUCACAUCCUUGGCUCCCUCAACCAUCAAGAUCAAGAUUAUUGCUCCUCCCGAGCGUAAGUACUCUGUAUGGAUCGGUGGCUCCAUCCUGGCCUCUCUGUCCACCUUCCAGUCCAUGUGGAUUACUAAGGAGGAGUACGACGAGUCCGGCCCAGGCAUCGUUCACCGUAAAUGUUUCUAAUAUUUUGUAUUAUCU